AUGCCCCCAUCUACCUCCCCGUCGGCAAGAAGCUGUUCUCUCUUAGCACGGCGUCCUUUGAGAUGCUCUGCCUGGGGCAUAUCAUCUACCCAAGCUUCGUAUUGCAGCAUGGAUCGCAGCCUCCAGUGGUCGUGGGAACAGCUCCCCAGGCAGCCAUUCAAGGUUGAUGACGUCGCCUCCUACACCUCGCACGCUGUCAAGCUCACCUUCCUCGUCAGCACCAAGGCGGAUGCCGCCGCGGCCACCUUCUCCUUCGACACGAAGGCGCUAUCGUGGAAACUGCUUGGCAAUUGGGCGCUGCCCUUUGCCGGCCGCGGCCACUUCGUCCCACACCUCAAGGCCUUUGUUGGGCUCACCAAAGACCCGGACACCCUCGGCCAAAUCUGCUCCUGCGACGUGCCGAGCUUUGAUGCCGGUGAUGGGCAGUGCCCUGCCCCUGUGGCGAGGGUCUGCGAUGAGAAGCUGUUCAGCGACAAGCCGGCUGAGAGGCAUGUAAGUGCUACCCUCGUCGACAUGCGAUGUGAGGGUGAAUUCUGCCUCGUAGAGUGCGUCUCCGUUGCUGAUCAGGCCCUCAUUGAGGAGGGAGAUGUGCGCCUACCUGGUCGCUGUUUCUAUCGUGUCGCCACAUUCUUCCUCACGCAUGGAAUGAAUGGAGACCUGAUGACUCGCAAGAGCCGGCAGGUGCAAUACUACGAAGUGCCUGAAGCAACCUCUAAGUUGUUCCUCGCUGAAGAUCCCGUGGCAUUUUGGAUGUAA